CCGGAAGUGACGUUUGGCGGCAUGUUUCGGUGUUAUUCAACAAACCAUGCUCGGCGCUUGUGUAACUGUGGUUUCUGAAUGAAGUUACACAAGCAGCCACACACACACACACACACACACACACACACAGAGAGUGCCUGCACGCUGAACACACCACGCUGUUUCACUCUAUAACUUAGUUUCUGGGAAUCGGAAACGGAGUACGAGUCCAGAGCUAACAUGGCUAAACAUAAACACCGGGCUGUUGCGACUGAAAAGGAGAGCACAAAGGAGAAGAUUCAGGCUGUUAAGAAGAGAAAAGCUGCUCCUAAAACACCGAGCAUCAAAGACAAGGGUACUAGAGCCAAAACUAUUGCCAAGACCGCCAAACCCAGAGGCCAAGCAUCAAAAAAGGCACGUAAGCCAGCGGCUGGAAAGAAGAGCAAAUACUUCAGUGAGCCAUUAAAAGAUGAGCCUGAGGACAUCUUUGAAGAUUCGAGCACGUCACUUCCAGAGAGCUCUGUGGUGAAGAACGCCGAUAACAAGAUCAAAGAAGAGAAAAAAGAAAACGAGAGUGAAGAGAGUGAUGAAGAUGAGGAUUGGGAAGAAGUGGAAGAACUGGCAGGUCCAUUAGGACCAGCAGAGGAAGACCAAGAACCUGCAGUUCCUUCACAGCCUGUGGAAAUUGAGAUUGAGACAACUGAGGCCAGACACAAGAGACAGAAAAAGGAGAAUCGGCAAGCAGAGUUGGAGACUUACCUGCGCAGAAUGAUGAAACGUUUCAAUAAGGAGGUACAAGAGGAUACACACAAGGUUCAUCUGUUAUGUUUAUUGGCUAGCGGACUGUUCCGGAACCGCCUGUGCUGUGAGCCUGACCUAUUGGCCAUCACCUUGUCCUUAAUUCCCUCUCACUUCACCAUGGUUAUUAAAAAACGUAUCAACACUGUCUAUCUGGAGGGUCUCCUGAAGUGGUUUAAUGAGACGUUCACACUAAACCCUGCCCUCCCCGAAGAGAAGGACAUGUCACUGCGAGCGCUGCUGGAGAGACGUUUGGGAAGUCUGUCAGCACGUAACCAUCAGGAGAUGACCUACCUGUUUCUGUUGGUGCUGAGGUCACUGCACCUCUACUGUCGUCUGGUGCUCUCACUACAACCAUUAUCCUUCAAGCCACCAACAAAAAAGGAAAAGGCACAAACCUCCAGCAGUCCUCUUUCUAAAGAGAAAUCUAAUGAAGCUGAUAAAAAGCCACCAGAACCCAAAGUUUCCCCUGGGUCCAAACGCCCAUCUUCUUCCAGUACUGAGGGGCAACCGAAGAGGGGCGGAAAGAGACAGAAAAGGAAUGUUGAGGAUGGAGGGGACAAGGAGAAAGAAGCAGUAGGGGGACAAAGGCCAAAAAACACCAAAAGAAGGAGUACUGCAUCCAAAGUGUCAUAUAAAGAAGAUAGCACGGACGGGGAAGAGGAGCUUAGUGAUGGGGAUGAGUUUCAUCUGUCCAGCGAGGAUGACAGCGAUGAUUCAGAGCGUGGUGCAAAAAGGUCUAAGAAGAAUUCAAAGGCUAAAGGAAAGGGCAAAAGUCAGGCUCCACGAUGCUCCAGCAAGAUCAAGAAGAGAAUAAAGGAGGAGGAGGAGGACGACGACGAGGAUGAAGAGGAGGAAGAAGAAGAAGAAGAAGAUUUAGAAGAAGAGCUAGAAGGGAAAAAGCAGCGAAGGAGAAAGAGGCAGGGGAAAGGAGAUGAUGAAUGGAUAGAGGUGUACCUGAAAGGUGCAAAGAGAUGGAUAUGUGUUGAUGUUGAUCAAGGGGUGGGGCAACCAGAGCUCUGCUCUAAUCAGGUCACUCAGCCAAUUACGUAUGUAGUGGGUGUAGAUGACCACGGUUACCUGAAAGACGUGAGCAGCAGAUACGACCCCACCUGGCUCACGGCGUCAAGGAAACGACGUAUCAACUCGGAGUGGUGGGAGGAGACGUUAAGCUUUUACGAGUGUCCCGAUUCUGAACAGAAAAAGGAAGAAGAUAAAGAGCUGCAGGCAAAGUUGAUGGACAAGCCAUUGCCAAAAGCGAUAUCGGAGUACAAAAGCCAUCCUCUGUAUGCACUGGAGAGGCACAUGCUGAAGUACGAGGCACUGUAUCCCCCCACUGCCACCAUUUUGGGUUACUGUCGAGGAGAAGCUGUCUAUUCACGGGAUUGUGUCCACACACUACAUUCGAGAGACACGUGGUUAAAGCAAGCACGCACUGUCCGACUCGGAGAGAAGCCUUACAAGAUGGUGAAGGGCUUCUCAAACCGCUCUCGGAAAGUCAGGAUGAUGUCUGAGAACAAGGAUGAAAAGGACCUACCCCUGUUUGGCCUCUGGCAGACCGAGGAGUACCAGCCUCCAGUAGCCAUCAACGGCAAGAUUCCACGUAACGACUUUGGAAACGUGUACAUGUUUCAACCAUCCAUGUUGCCGGUGGGGUGUGUGCAUCUGCAUCUGCCUAAUCUGAACAGAGUGGCUCGAAAACUCAACCUGGACUGUGCUCCUGCUGUAACAGGCUUCGAUUUCCAUGGAGGAUACUCACAUGCUGUAACUGACGGCUACAUUGUUUGUGAGGAACAUGAAGAGAUUCUGAAAGCUGCCUGGGAAAACGAGCAAGAGAUUCAAAAGAAGAAGGAACAAGAGAAGCGUGAGAAGCGAGCGCUGGCUAACUGGAAGCUGCUGGUGAAAGGGUUGUUGAUUAAAGAGAGGCUGCAGCGGCGUUACGGACAGCAGGGCAUGGCUAAGGACACGGGUAUUGCAAAAAGUGGAGAAGAAGCAGCAGAGGGAUUCUCAUCUGGAGAGGAGGAUGAAGGUGGGGCUCACACAGCUCCACCAUCUCUGGCUGUUUCAUGGCCUCAGAACAGGCAGGAGGAGCAGGAAGAAGGAGGAGUUAAAAAGUCUGCCAGUAAGAGGGAGAGGCGUGGCCAGCAGAAACAUCUCUUCCCUUUUGAAAAGCCGGUGUGAUGAUUGCUAUCACUUGCUUUCUCUUUCCUCUCAGUACUAGAGUCACAGAUUUCUUUGCCAUCGUCUGAACUUAAAUGACAUGGAUUUCCAGUUCCUUUCCACAGCAGUUUGUGUAACAAGUCCGUCUUUUGUCUCCGUCCUUGCCACUUAAUUAAACGGAAACGAACCAACCACAUGCAAGAAAUUUAACACAUUUCCAUGAACGGAAAAUCUGUUUACCUAAAACCUAUUUAUAGUGGAGGACAAAGGGCAGCUGUUGCAUUUCAUUAAUAAAAAUUAGCAUCCAUAAUUGUUAUAUUCCAACCAUAAAGGUCUUCAAAAGAGAUUUUUAAUCAAGUUGUUUAUAAGGUAGAGUUUCAACUGUUUGUAGUAUGUGGAAGCUUGUAAAAAUUCUUUCUGUCAAUUGCUCAUAAUUUCACGUGGUAGUCUUAUGCAAGGUUUAAAAAUCCCGAGUAUUUCUAUACAGAUAAACUACAUCCCUCUUAAUCCAAUGCUGCUUUUUCACUGGUAGUUUUUCUGGAGCUCAAGGGCUGUUAGUUAUUGAGUCUCAAUCAUUUCAGUGCGUCAAGUCAAGUAUUUUCAGUACAGGAGUACAGGAUUGGCUGCGUGUGCGUCUUCCUUCCCCAAAUCCCUACACUGCGCCAGUGACAGGAGGCCAGUAAUGUGUCUAUAUUUCUCAUAAAGCCUAAACACUAAUCUUCUAAGAAACCUGAUGGAUCGUUCUUCCGCUUAAAGUACUGUAUAAAUGUUUAGUCUUCGACAUACUGACUUAUAAUCAAUAUACCCAGCUAAUCUCAGAGGCAUUUUACAUAUGAAAAUUAAAUUCAGCUUUCGCCUACACCCUGUACUGUUAAAUCUGCUUUACAAUCCACAUUCAUUAAGACAUGUAGGGCUUUUUUUACUGUAAUAAUCUUGUUCAUGACUGAUGUUGAUUUUUCACUCUUAAAGAAUGUUUUAUUAUUCAGGGUUAUUUUUCUGGAAAACAUUUAUAAAAAAAAAAAAAUUAAAA